CUAAGUCCUCCUGUACGGAGUACCCAAAACGCCUCGAGGAGGGUUCAGAAACAGCAGCCUUGCGUCUCUGCAAUCUACUCCCCUCUCACUACUUAGCCUUUCUCGGUGAACUGAGAGAACUGCCAAUACCCAGGCCUAUGUGCUUGACUUCGUCGACGUUGUUGCCCACAGGUCAAGGAUCUGUCAUCUAAUCCGGCGAAGUUGCGAAGAACGGGAAGCCUCAGCACGACUUGAAUGGUUUUUUCGGGUUGUUGGGAUUGGUGAAUGAUGCAGUGGCAGUAGAGUAGCCCAGCAAAGGCUGAGGUCAUUACAACUUCACAUUUAUCACACCGAGGCUGGGUGCUGCGGGUUCAUAUACCAACUCACUCGAUUGCAGCUGUACUUGUUUAACUCCUGGAACGCCGUCCGGAUCUUUUCUCCUACCUCGACAAUCAUCGACGACAGCCAACCACUCUUGCGCUGAGCUUGCUAGCUUCCGUUCCAAGAGGCGCUAUCUCGUCCAUUCGUGUUGUCACGAUAAGGCGUUGAAAGGUGUCGAAUCUGCUGGCUUAGUGCGGGCGUGACUUGGAGCCGACGUGCGUUGAUCGUCUGAGAGGCCUAGAUCGACUCUGCGGCAGUCUGACUGUGGCACUCGCCUGGAUAUGUUCGUGGGUGAAUGAAGCUUUGCCCCUGACAUCCAUAUCGAGGCCCUGCGACUGGAAUAUCAUAGCUGAGGCUCCGACGAAGGUUAAGAUCUCGCCAGAUGCCAUGUUUUCUGCUCUAGGACUUUUCAAAAGUGUUGAAUGUCCGCGGCGGUAUGAUUGCAGCCUCCCCAGCUGUAUUUUCUUGCAUGCCGUCCCAAGAGCGGCGUCGGAAGCCCGUGAUGCUAUCAUAUCGACACAAGAAUAUGAUCCUUUCAGUGCAGGUGAAGUACAUUCUCCCCCUGCCAAAAGACGUCGACUGGACUCUCCCGGACCGCGUCAAGAUGUCGAGCAGCCGGUGAAGGCGGCAGCCACCAGAAAUGUGAUUGAUCGACCCAGAAGUCUCAGUGAUGGGAAACACUCAACAGUACCAGAUGAAGCCUCAUAUGCCAAAGAUAGCAUCAAACCUCGGAUCAACUCCCUUCAAGCACGUCCCACCUCUGCUAUCAAGCAGACGCCCGCUUCAGUUACGAGGACUGUCUCGCCUCCACCAAUGAAGGAUGUCAAAACCACCGUCCAGAAAGUGGCAAAACAACGUCCCAGCAAGACUGAAUCGUUGAUGCCUCGCCAGGUCCCUGCUGCGCCGGCCUUGUUGAAAACGAGGUUGGCGUUGCUGCAAAAGCUACAUGAGCAGAUGAAGCUACAGAAUUCCAAGCUUGCGGCUCUGAAAGAUGGUCGAGAGUCGCUUGGCCUGAGUGACCAAGAACUGAUCACCUUUGCCCUCGACGAGGAAGAAGCAGCUACCAAAUUAGGAGAGAACAUUUACAAGAAUGCUUUGGCUCAAAAGGUGCUCCGUAUCAAAAAAUUGACGACCGACGAAUGGGUCAAGAUAGUUGGUCAGUGGACUGGAGCAGACUCACAAAAACCAUCUCAAGUCAAAGAACAAAAUGGCCCAGCAAUUGCUAUUUCAACUGGCCUGGCGACUAUCGAUGAACAAAUUGCCAUUCUGAAGCAUUUACAUACACCCCUCGAAGGGCUGGAACAAUUCGGAUAUGUGACAAGCAAACCAACCGAGACAGACAUUGCCAAGACAAAGGCAGGGACGGCGGCGACUGGUGGAUUUGAAACCUGCGAUAGGUGCAGCACCCGAUUCCAAGUUUUCCUUGGGCGAGAUCAACAUGGCCGGCUCACGAGCAAUGGAAAAUGUCGCUAUCACUGGGCCAAACCGUUCCGUACAGGAGGUUCGAAGGCUACCCGAGUAGUUGGACAGUCGGAGGCGGCCUAUCCUUGCUGCAAUAAGUCUCAAGGCAGUGAAGGCUGCUCAGAAGCCCCUACUCACGUCUUCAAUGUGAAGGACCCGAAAAGACUUGCCAGCAUUUUGCAAUUCGAACAUACCCCCACCAAAUCUGAUGUUCAAAGGAGACGUCCGGUAUCCUUUGAUUGCGAAAUGGGCUAUACCACUCUCGGGAUGGAGGUCAUUCGUCUAACAGCUGUUGCUUGGCCCACAAAUGAACUUCUCCUCGACAUCCUCGUGCGCCCAUAUGGUGAAAUACUGGACCUCAACACUAGAUUCUCGGGGGUUACGCCUCACGACUUCGCCGCUACACCAUCGUAUCACCCAGCGUCAGUGGACGGUGUUAUAGCCUCAUCUGAGGGGAAAACACAUGUCCUACGAAAAGUGGAUUCACCGGCAGCAGCGAGAGAACUGUUGUUCGAACAUCUGAGCCAGGAGACGCCUUUGAUAGGGCACUCCAUUGAGAAUGAUCUGAAUGUCUGCCGAGUCAUUCACCCCUUGGUUAUAGAUACAGUUCUAUUGUACCCUCAUCCUCGUGGCUUGCCCUUCAGAUAUGGACUUAGGAUAUUGAGCCAAAAGUAUCUCUCGAGGUCAAUUCAGACAGCGGGUGAAGCGGGGCACGAUUCCAAAGAGGAUGCUGUUGCGACAGGAGACCUCGUCACGAACAAAGUGGCCGAGAAAUGGGGUAACAUGCGACGACAAGGCUGGAGUUUUGUCGACGGUAUGCUCACAGCACCUGAUGAGACUGAUGUGGAUGGUCAGAUCAAAAACGGGAUAUAAUUGGAAAGAGAGCUCUAUCAUGAGGAGACUCUGACAAGCAGGCCGAUCAUGGAAUUGUGGAAGAACUCCUGUAUUUGUGCCUCCGUUAACUUGGU